GAUGAAACUCUCUAAGGAGGGGAACAUUGCUGUGUAGUUCGAUAACCUCUCUGCCGAGGAACCUAUAUCCUUCCUCCUUCUUCUUCUCUUUCUUCCUUCUUUAACUUGGACCAAAAAAGCCAUCCUCAUGAAAGACAAAACGACCACUCUCACAUCUUUUAUGAAACAGAGGAGGAUGGGGCUGAACGACUUCAUUCAGAGGCUCGCCACAAACUCCUACGCCUGCAAGCACCCUGAAGUUCAGUCUAUUCUGAACUUGAGUCCUCCUCAGGAUGCUGAGCUCAUGAACACAAACCCGUCUCCUCCUCCCAGUCCAUCCCAACAAAUCAACCUUGGUCCUUCCUCCAACCCGUCAGCAAAACCAAGUGACUUCCACUUCCUCAAAGUGAUUGGAAAAGGCAGCUUCGGCAAAGUUUUGCUUGCACGACACCGCACUGACGACGAGUUUUACGCAGUCAAAGUCUUACAGAAAAAGGCCAUCUUAAAGAAGAAGGAGGAGAAGCACAUCAUGUCAGAGAGGAAUGUGCUGCUAAAGAAUGUCAAGCACCCGUUCUUGGUGGGCCUGCACUACUCUUUCCAAACGGCGGACAAGCUCUACUUCAUCUUGGACUACAUCAACGGAGGAGAGUUGUUCUACCACCUACAGAGAGAGCGCUGCUUCCUUGAGCCAAGAGCGAGGUUCUACGCUGCCGAGAUCGCCAGCGCACUCGGGUACCUCCACUCACUCAACAUUGUCUACAGAGACCUGAAGCCAGAGAACAUCCUGCUGGACUCAGAGGGACACAUCAUUCUGACAGAUUUCGGCCUGUGCAAGGAGAACAUCGAACCCAACGGGACCACGUCGACUUUCUGCGGUACGCCAGAGUAUUUAGCUCCUGAAGUUCUACACAAGCAGCCGUACGACAGAACAGUAGACUGGUGGUGUUUAGGAGCUGUUCUCUAUGAGAUGCUCUAUGGCCUGCCUCCGUUCUACAGUCGCAACACAGCCGAGAUGUACGACAACAUUCUGAACAAGCCGCUUCAACUGAAACCCAAUAUUUCCAACGCGGCCAGGCACCUGCUGGAGGGUCUCCUGCAGAAGGACCGCACCAAGAGGCUAGGCUGCACAGACGACUUUAUCGAGAUCAAGAACCACAUGUUUUUCUCCCCCAUCAACUGGGACGACCUCAAUGCCAAGAAAAUCACCCCUCCCUUCAACCCUAACGUGACGGGACCCAACGACCUGCGGCACUUUGAUCCAGAGUUCACAGACGAGCCGGUACCCAACUCCAUCGGCUGUUCCCCAGACAGCGCGCUUGUCACAGCCAGCAUCAAAGAGGCGGCUGAGGCCUUCGUGGGUUUCUCCUACGCCCCCUCCAUGGAUUCAUACCUAUAGGAUUUAACACAACGUGGGCCCCAGCACAGACUCAAUGGACAAGAACUGGGGUUUUUCCAUUGACUUGCAUCUUGACCCCACUUUACAUUUCCAAUCAGGAUGAUGGAUAGAUCUGCACACACCUUCGCAACAAUUCAAAAUAAUCUGUACAUACAACUUUUCAUAAUCUGAAUGCAUUUAGAAGACGUCCUACAAGAGGAUGCCCGCCAAAAUAAAUGAACUCACUGGGAUUGUGAUCCUCCAUCUUACCCUGAUGAAGCAAUGCACAAAUCCUUCAACUGUCUACAACAAGCCUUCACCUUACAAGCUCUGCAACCUUCAAAUCUUUGGGUGGAAGUCCUUUACACACAACCAACAAGCACACACAACUUUUUCUCCAAAGGAAAAGGCUGGACUGUUCUGUACAAACCCGAAGAAGGAUUUCCGUCUUCAUCCAUGUAGCGAAACUUCUCAGAACUUUUGAGGUUCAGUCAAACCACCCACUGAGACCGAGCUUUUGAGUUUUGAGCAGCUUGGAGACCACAGUCAUUUUGGUGCUUUAGUUUCUUUUCAUUUACUGUCUGGAAAGGGAGUCAUUCGAAGUUGAAUGUUACAGAGGGGGAUGUUCUUAUUUUUUUCUCUUUAAAUGUGCCUUUUUUUUCUCUCCAUCAGAGCUCGCAUCUUUGGUUUUGUGUCAUCGAAGUUACCUUGAUUUCCUUUAUCUUUAGGAGUCACCAGAGAAAACGAUGUAGCACUAAAUUAAUACAUCAGCUCUGCCUUUAACAUAUGAGAUUCCAAACAAUGUUCCACGUCUUCAUUUGCACAUAAAACUAGAAUGGUAACGCUGACAGAGAGAAGGAGAGAGCACCGCUGCUAGAAAGAGAGUGAAGUGUCUGCGUGGUUCUGCUUACCAACAUGUCCCCCUCAUUUAGUCUUCCAUUCGCCUCACGAUAACGUACCAACGGCCGAACUCGAGCCGAGCUGACAACAUCAACAAACUGAACAUUCCAUUUUAAUAUUGCUGUAAUGACGGUAUUUAAGUUUGUUUGUAUAUUUGGAGUCAUGUGUACUAGUUUUAAUGUAUAUUGAACAAAAAACUAAGGUAUGCUUAAAUAUGUAUAUGUAACAAUUCAUGUUCAAUGUACUGUAAAUUGUAAAAUUGUUUAAGAUUUAUGUGACCAUGUUUGGUUUGCAAUAAAAGUUUAACUUUAUUACAUCUUA